UAAUAACAGAAACAACAGGCGGACGAGUUUUGUAGAAAGCCCAACAAAACAAAUAGAAGCAUCUGCAACUCAAGAGCAAAUACCCGGUUUGUUUGUAUCCGAGUCCAAUGAACUCACAAAGAAUCUCGGCUUGGGUUUUUGGAUCGUCUAAUUUCAAGCUCAUCGCUGCCUGUGAAUCUGCCCGAUCGAUCAUCCGCUAGAGGAACUUUCAGACAGACAAUCAUGGAGGGAGAGGACUCUCGUUUAGUGGAGAAAACAGAAGAGAGAACCAGCGCUACCACCACAUCCGACGCGUCUGCCUCUGCUGAUGGCGAUUCUGACGGCGAGCAAGCGUCUUCUUCCGCUUCGACCUCGACCCUUUUCAUGGAUAACGUCGGUGAAGUGGUUCUCACACUCGGUUCUGAUGGGUUGUCGUGGAAAUUCCCGGAUUCCGAUUAUAAGGAUUUAUCUUCUUGCUUUGGGAUCAAAUUGGGCGGCGACGUUGUCACUGAGAUCAAAUUCUCAGAGAUAUAUGGGGUGGAGUUGAUCAGCUAUGGCGUAAUUCGCGGUUCUAAUCACCCGAACAUAGGGAAGCUCAUAUCACUCCAUGGGCAUGUCGACACGCAGAUGUAUCGCUUCACGGUGCAUGGUAUUAAGAAGUCGCAGCACUCUCAACUUUGUCUGGCAACAUACACUUUCGGCCACAAGGAUUCAGAGAUCUGCCACAUGUGGACUGAUUGGAUCGACGCUUCUCUGAAAAUGGAAGUUGACAGACCAAAGAAUCUUCUGACUUUAUUUCUUAUUGACUAGGUUUUCGUUAAUCCAAGGAGUGGGAAAAAACAUGGUUGCAGAACGUGGGAAAAUGUGGCUCCGGUAUUUUCGCGUGCUAAAGUAGCUACAAAGGUGAUUGUGACAGAGAGGGCAGGACAGGCUUUUGAUGCCAUGAUUUCUAGCUCAAAUGAGGAGCUACGUUCAUAUGAUGGUGUCAUAAUUGUUGGUGGUGAUGGCUUCUUCAAUGAAGUCCUUAAUGGAUUUCUACUUUUUAGGCUUAGAGCUCCUCAUCCACCAUCUCCUUCAGACAUCCUUCACUUGACUAGGAGUAAUGGCCCUGUUUUAGGCCAUGAUACACGAGAGGCCACAUCUGAAACUCCUGAAACUGAAGCUGCGUCUCCCCUUCUUUCAUCCUCUUCAACUCAUAAAGCCAUUGGGUUGGCAAAUUCCAGUACCGAAAAUGACUCAGGCUACACAGAUGAAGAGCUCGACUUUCCAUUUCCUCGUGAACACUUGAGAUUCGGAAUUAUUCCAGCUGGUUCUACAGAUGCCAUUGUGAUGUGCACUACUGGAACUCGAGAUCCUAUAACCUCUGCCCUGCAAAUUGUCCUCGGAAAAAGAAUCUCUCUUGAUAUAGCUCAAGUAGUGAGGUGGAAGACAACAUUUACAGCGGAUGUCGAUCCUUGUGUACGCUAUGCAGCUUCUUUUGCUGGGUAUGGAUUUUAUGGAGAUGUCAUUACUGAGAGUGAAAACUACCGCUGGAUGGGCCCCAAGCGCUAUGAUUAUGCUGGAACUAAAGUGUUCUUGAGACACAGGUCUUAUGAAGCAGAAGUAGCAUACUUCGAAUCAGAGUCAGAAAACCCGGAAUCGCCAGUUGAGAGAGGUAGUAAUCCGUGCAGCAGCUGGAUGAAAUCAAUGUGUUGCUCGGAGAAACCCCAAAGAGUCAUUUGUCGUGCGAAUUGUGGGGUAUGUAGUAAUUCCAAGCCAGUCCAUAUGUCCAAAACAAGACAGCGUUUAACGCCCUAUUCAUGGCGUGGAGGGGGAGUAGGAGGACGGUGGCAGAAAUGUGCGGGACGAUUUCUCAGCGUUGGUGCCGCCAUAAUAUCAAACAGAAACGAAAAGGCACCCGACGGUCUGGUUGCUGAGGCCCACUUAUCAGACGGCUUCUUGCAUCUCCUGUUGAUCAAAGACUGCCCACGUGCUCUAUACCUAUGGCACCUUACUCAGCUUGCAAAGAAAGGCGGCGAGCCCCUCAACUUCAGUUUCGUAGAACACCACAAGACACCUGCUUUCACGUUCACUUCCAUGGGGAAGGAGAGUGUUUGGAACCUGGACGGCGAGCCUUUCCCAGCGCACCAGCUGUCGGCACAAGUGUUCAGAGGCCUUAUCAGCCUCUUUGCGUCUGGCCCUCCUGUUUAGUAAAAAAAGAAAAGCAAUAGGCAGGCAACGAACUUGCUUAUUAUCCAUGAAGGAUAUGGUUCAUCAGCAUCAUCAUUUCGUAAUCUAUGUUUCCGUUUUGCUAAUCGUUCCAUUCCGAUAAACUGAACUGCCCUCUCCACGAAGUUAACAGCAGCUAGGAAAACUGGAUGAAACAAUACUGUUGGGUUAGCAUUUUGUUUGGAAUGUAAUUCAGUUAAGAGUUUGAAUAAUAGCCAUUUCUCAGAAGAAUCACUGUUCAGGGUAGACUUGAGAUACAAGAAAGCCGGUGGAAGCUGGCUCUGUCAAAUCCCUUGUAGACACAACCAGGCCCAACCACGAUAAUGGAGUUUACGUAGAAACAGGGGCACCUUCAUUAAUGGCGCUACCACUAUUGUAAAUAACAGUAAAUUGAUUCUAUUAUUAAACCACAUUAAGGAAGUUUUACGCAAUACUAUUCCAUAAAUUACAUAAAACUUAUGCAGGGAUAAUUAUUUCAUACGUAUCAAUUAAACAAAACUUACUACAUAAGUAUUUUCGUAUU